GUAAAACAUAAGAGAAUUAAGAGAGAGAAUGGGAAGCCUUAGUGUAUCAUCGAAGAAGAUGGUUUCUGUUUCGGAUGAGACUGCGCUGAGGAAGAAGAUUCUAGGAACUCAUGCUUACGAUGGCGGCAUCUUCGACACCGAAGCGAUCCUCUCCACCGUCGAAGGAAUCCUCGAUCUUGUCACGCCGGGGUUUGACGUCGUCAUUCCUAAUGUCACCACCAUUUUUCAUGGGGUUGAUGCCACUCUCAAUGGAUCGGUGGGUCAUGUCGAAAAACGCAUUGCCAGGUUAGGUGGCCUCGAGAGCGUCCCAGACACGUUGCCCUACUUGUUGCACAAGAUUUCCUGCGUGUUGACGUGCAAGUGCUCGGGAGGAGACAGCCAUGCAUCGGCCAUGGAGAUCUUGAAACUGCUCUCAACCUACACAUGGGAGGCGAAAAUCGUGAUAGUCUUAGCAUCUUACGUGGUCGACUACGCCCAGUUCAGCCUCAUCACCAAGCUCUACACCACCAAUCCGCUAGCGAGAUUAAUCGCAGUUCUCAAGCAAAUUCCUGAGAAUCUUGAUGAUAUCUCUCUCGUCAUCAAAUCCAAAUUCGAGACCAUUAUCAAGCUGGUCAAAGUGUCGAUUGAGGUUACAAGGCUCAUUACCAAAUUUAGCAACUUGCCAUCAAAAUACAUAUCAAAUGAUGCAGAACCAAUGGUGGUUGCAUUGACUCAAAUCCCCAUUGCUGUCUACUGGAUCACAAGGGUCAUCGUCGCCUGCGCUGCCCAGAUCACUGAAAUUCUUGGCAUAAGUGAAGUAAUAAGUUCGUAUACAGAGACAUGGGACCUUCCCAGCCUAGAACAGAAGAUCAGCAGCAUACAAAUCACUUUCCAGAUUCAGAUCGGUCUCUGCUAUAAAUAUAUAGAGGAGAAGAAACAGGCUGAAUAUGUUCACAGAAUCAGAGAAAUGUUUGAGCAGACGACGGUCCACGUAGACAACCAAAUAAUAUUGCAGAUUAUAAUCUCAGUGCAAGAUGGUGCUCUUCCACUUAUAUCUGGCAUCGACAAAACUACAACGGUAGGUGUGGAAGUUCUCAAAGGCAAAACAGUGCUUCUAUUCAUCUCAGAUCUCAACAUUUCCCAUGACGAGAUCUUCAUACUCACCCAAAUCUACCAAGCCUCAAGAAAACUGGCGGAGUUGCAGUACGAGAUCGUGUGGCUCCCGAUGGUGGAGUAUGUGGAGGUUGAGGAGGAGCUGGAGCUGAAAUUUGAGGGUCUGAAGAAGAAGAUGCCGUGGUACACGUUGAGGCACCCGGGAUUGCUGGAGCCAGCCGUAGUAAAGUACGUGAAGGAGGAGUGGCACUACUCGAAGAAGACCAUCUUGGUGGCGCUGGAUCCAAAGGGAAAGGUCUCCAGCCCAAACGCCUACCACAUGCUCUGGACAUGGGGCAAUGCUGCUUAUCCUUUCACUCAGACGCGGGAGCGGGAGAUAUGGAGUAGCCAGGAAUGGAGCCUCAAGCUUCUCGUUAAUGAUAUUGAUCAAACCAUAUCGAAAUGGAUAAAAGAAGAUAAGGUCAUCUGCUUGUACGGAGGGGAAAGCUACGAAUGGAUCCAAGAGUUCGUGACGACAACAAAGGAGGUGGCGAAUGCGGUGGGAAUCAAGGUAGAGAUGGUGUACGUAGGCAAGAACACGACGAAAGAGCGCAUCAAAAAACUCACUGAAAUCCUGGGCGGCCGCAGCCUCAUCUGGGAGAAUCCUGCAUUCACUUGGUAUUUCUGGACAAGAAUCCAAAGCAUGAUGUACUCGAAGAUUCACCACGGCGCGAAAGUCGCGACGACGAAGGAGAGCGGCGAUUACAUCCUUGUAGAGGUGCUGAACAUGCUGACGCUUGGGGGGAGCGACAGCGGAUGGGGCAUGAUCAGCCAGGGGGGCGGGGUGGGCCCCGAGAAGAUCGCUAGGGCUAAAGGCGACAUGAUAGUUAAGGCGCUGGCGGAAUACAAGACGUGGAGCGUAGAGGUGAAGCAGAAGGGCUUUGUGGGAGCGCUCAACGCCUAUUUAGCCGGCCGCCACACCAAGGAGCACUGCAACCGCCUUAUCUUGCCUGGGAUCGAUGACAUCCCGGAGAUGGUCGUCUGCACCGAGUGUCAUCGACCCAUGGAGAAGUACAUUAUGUACCGUUGUUGCAAUGAGUAGUGUGUCAACUGCUCAUCACUUGAUAAUGUCCUAACUAAUCAGUUUAGUGUUUGUGUUUUUAUUUUAAUAUAUCCUAGAUUUGUAGCUAGGAUUAAUGUAUGACUGAUUGCAUCAGUCUGUCGUUUUCUUACUUGUCCUCCUUCUUCUUGUUUGAAUAACUUAGCUAGGACUAUUAUCUAAUUGUGUUGUAUGUCAGUGGCUAUGCAUGCAAGGUGAACCCCACUUCAAUU